GUAUGUGUACAUAGAGGCGGCCCCUUACAUACGUGGUCCGUUUGGUGUAAACGGGUUGUCAUUGCCUUGAGAUGGUUUGAAGCUCUGCUUGUGGAGGCCUGCAAGUGCUCCCAAUACAUUGAAUAGACUCCAUCCUCGCGGGCGACAAUUGGGAGUUAGGAUAAGGAACUGUAUCAGCGUGUGCAGCUUGUGUUAAGGGGUUGAAUCUGCAACUGUCUCCCUUCUGAAGCCGUCCCAAGCGGGGGGCAACUAAGCAAACAUGGGCAAGAAUCAGUCGCACAAGGCCAUGCAGCGCACGCGCUAUAACGGCGGUGGAGGCGGGACCGAGGAAGCUGGCGGAGGAGCGGCGUAUAGUGAUGGCAUGAAGGACGUCACCUUCCAUACAGCAGAGUGGCAUGCAGCCCGCAUCGCUGCAUUGCAGGUCGAGCGAUUGCCCUGGGAGGAGUGGCGGCAGAAGCAAAAAGAGGCUGAGGGCAAGCUAGCGGCUGCAGCGGAAGAGGAGGAGCGGCUCAUGCGGGAGUACAGGGCGCAGCUAGACGCGGACCGCACUAAGCUGCUGGCGCGAGGGCGCAACCACACGGACCUGGCCAAGGAGCUCAAGAAGGACAGCAAGAAGCGAAAACGGAAAGACGGCAAGUCAGACAAGAAGAGCAAGAAGUCCAAGAAGGAGGGCAAGGACCGGAAGAAGAAGAGCAAGAAGAGCAAGAAGCGGCGAACAAGCAGCAGCAGCGACAGCAGCAGCAGCAGUGGGAGCGAUAGCGAUAGCGGGUCGUCUUCGGACGAGGGUGAUGAUGAGGACAACGACCCCAACAAGCCCAUGCGGCUGUCGGACUGGCUCAAGAUGUAAAGACGUAAUAAGAGGCGUAUGAAUGAGAGUUAAGGGGGCCGGGAAACACGCGUUGGCGUGUCGAGGAUGAGAGGUACCUGCCAGCGCAUGUGUUUUGCAGGCCCUACAGCGAAGGGGUGCGAAGUUUUGACGGAGUUUGUAACAGAGGUCUCCAGCCGCAUCCCAGUUUUGGUAGUAGUUAUCCGCAAUUUGGGGGCGGCCGGACAAGGUGCUGAUCACGCACGAAGCAGAUAGGGCCACUGAAUAUGUUUCACGUUGGGAGUUGUGUGUUGCCAUAUGUGCAAACAGAUGUGCGCGCAUGUUUGACACACCCGGCGCCCCCUGAGUACGCCACGGGACAGGUGGCGAUACCGUGCUUACUGGUUACUACUUGCUAGUGCAGGCACGUAGGUGCUUUGUGGAUUGAGUAUGGUAUUGAUGCCGGUGGCAGUCAAGGGCAGCGGGGCAGCUUCCUGGUCGGUAGGAGGCUAGUAUACCUGCCAGCCCGUGUGUAGGAGGUGAGGUGGCGUUGUAAACCUUUUGUGAUGGUAUCGUGAUAACACAUUCCUUCAUAUCAGGUUCAAGGCACGUGCCCAAACUGUGCGGCAUGCCACCACACGCGAAAACAGCCGCCCACCCCAGCCCGUGAGAGGUGACCAACGAGAGUUUGGGUUCUCCACACAAUGCACGCAUGCUUGCAGACAAUCAACGACCAGACAGCGACUUAUAAAGCCAUGAGCAAAGCAGACGUAUGUAACGACACCCCUAAUGUAACGCCC